AUGUCUCAACCUAAUCAUAAACCAGGAAGCAAACACAAGAGCCGAGGUCCGGAUUUUGUCUGCAAACCACGUUUUCGAAAUACUCUGCCUGAUGUCCCAUUUCCUGGAAAGUUCCUGCCAUGUCCAUUUGUCGAGUUAGAAAGGUUCAUUGACUACAAGCCAACAUCCUUAGAAAUGGAGUACAAAUUCGAAGUCCAGUGUGAGAUGGAUAUUGGGUUGAACUUGGACUUGAUUGAUCCCAACACCUACAAAGUCGACAAUACCGCAGAAAUUCAGCUGAAUGAGAAGGACGCCUUACUUUUAGAGGAUGAAGACUCAAAUGCGAAGCAAAUAAAGAGGUCAGCGCAGCAUUCCAAAGUGGUUCCUUGGAUGCGAAAAACUCAAUAUAUUUCAUCCGAAUUCAAUCGAUUCGGUGUGGCUGCUGACCGGCAAGAAAUCAAAGUGGGAUAUAACCUCACAAAAAACAAGGAGAACUUGAACAUAUUCCGCGAUCGGCAGAGCCAAAUCAAUUCGAUAACGAAGUCUUUCGAAGACUGCAAAGUACCGAUACGGAAGCAUUUCUCGAAGAAGGGAGUUACUGCCCUAGAAGAAAUACCUAUUUUGCCAGAUUUCACGCUCUGGAAAUAUCCAUUUGCGGUGGUACAGUUCGACGUAGAUCCUACGCCUACCUCAUUUGCACCUGAGCUCUGUGAUAGUAUGGUCACACAAAGUUACAUCAAGGGAAUGCAGGAUGAUGAUGGCGAACAAUUUGUGGCACAUUUCAUCCCAACAGUUGAAACUCUACAGAAGAAACUUAACGAUAGAGAAGAAGGUCGAAGUUUUGAGGAAGGAGCAGUAUAUGAACAUACGUUAAAUCGCGAGUAUACCUGGACCGUAAAGAAUAAGAAUACCAAAGGUUUCGAACGCGACAACUAUUUCGUAUAUUAUAAAGAUGGAUGUUUCCAUUAUAAUGAGCUAGAAACCAAAGUACGGCUGGCUCGAAGACGUCGUAAUGCACAAGAAAAGCCCAACACCCGUUUGAAUAUUACGUAUACGGCUCCAACCGAGAACGAAAUGCAGCAGAUGACCAACAGAAUGAACUCCUUGCUCAGGACUUAUGACUCAGAUGACGAAGGCGAUGGAGACAAAGGAUCGGUGAAGUCUGAUGGUGGCGUUGAAGAAUCGGAGAAGGACAAAGAAAAGAAGGAUGAAUCAGGCUCAGAUGGCUCGAAUAGUGAAAAGGAGAACAGUACGGAUAACGAGAGAGAUAAAGAAGAUGAUAGUGAUGAUGGCGAUAGUGACAGUGAUAAUAAGAAGAGCGCCAGUGAGAAGGACAGUUCAGAUGAAAGCGACUAA